GCUUUCAACAGAGACGGUGGCUCUAUGAAACGUGUUCUCUUGCUUGCUGUGCUGCAACCAUUCUUCCUUCACAACACAUCUAGUGCUCAUACUCGACAACAAUAAUACUCACGUCUGAAGAACCCAGUCUCAGUUAGAGGAAGAGCCAAUUUGAAUAGAUUGAAUUGGAAAAAUCCCCACAAUAAGUGAGUGAAAACGUGAUUGUGUCUAUAUAGUGCUCCCCAAACCGUGGUGUGUAGGCGUAUUUCCGGUCGUAUCCUGUCGGCUUCCGCGCGAGUGUGGUGGUAACAGGAGAGCCAUAGCAAAGCGGCUGCCAUUGAUCUGGCCAAGGAUAACAAAAGGCGUAAUUUUCAGUGAAAAAUAAAGAAAACCGAAAUGUCAGCUGAGUCGGAGCUUUUUUCGGUCCUGAACCGUCGUCAGCAAAUCAACGAUGCGUUGGAAAAUGGCGAGGAAGUGAAGCACACUUACCGGGUCGUCAAUGUCUACACCGAGUUUCACGAGUUCUCGCGGAAGGAAAUUAAGGAGUACCAGGCGACCUUCUCCAAAUACGACGUCGGCAACGAUGGCUACCUGGACCUGGCCGAGCUGAAGAUCAUGAUGGAGAAGCUGGGUGCCCCACAGACCCACCUCGGUCUGAAGGGAAUGAUCGCGGAAGUGGACGAAGAUAAGGACGGCAAGAUUUCAUUCCGCGAGUUCCUCCUGAUCUACAGGAAAGCUCGUGCCGGCGAGUUGGAAUGCGAUUCCGGGCUCGGACAGUUGGCUCGCCUCACCGAAAUCAACGUCGACGAGGUCGGCGUGAACGGGGCAAAGAACUUCUUCGAGGCCAAAAUCGAACAGCAACUGAGGACGAAUAAGUUCCACGAUGAAAUCAGGCAAGAGCAAGAAGAGAAACGUCGCAUGGAGGAGGAACGGAUCAUUCGGCGGCAGCAGUUCCAACAGCGAGCGGCCGUUUUCCAGUAAACAGAGGGGAAUGACAAAGUCACAAACAUGCCAAAGUGUACGCGCCGCUCGGCCCAGUCCACCCGAUUGAAAAGGAAUUUGCUGAACGUGGUGUGGUCAAUGAAGUAACCACGUGGUCACCUGUCCCCGAUUAUAUAGUACCCCUUGUAAAUCUGUAAAUCUGUUUGUCACAUGGGACAGUUUAGUUGGUAUGUAGUGCUCUCGUUAGAAGAGGUUAACGAUGUCUCUUUAGAUGGAAAGAUGUGUCAUUUUAUGUUAAGUGAUGUUCAAAAGCCUACUUCGGUUCAAAAGAGGGUUGUCAUGUUCUCAAACGGAAACGAUAAUGUGAUAGAGAAGGAAUCAAAGAAAAAUGGAAAAGAAAGAAGCCUUAAACGAAAAAAUGCAAACGUAUAGUUAGACAAGAGAAAUGUGGAACGCAGAGAAAUGGCCAUAUGGGAUGAUGUCGGGAGGAAUCGCUUUGAAAUUCCACUAUUUUAUUUACUGUGUAAGUUUUACCGAUUGUAUAUGAUUUCACUUGCUACUCACGCAAAACACACACACACACAAGCUUCGUCAAUUUAAGGAAAAACCAAUUCCAAUUACUAAAUAGCAUAUCUAUGUUAAAUACAUACCCAACAGUUGCACUGAAGUAUUACCAGCGUAAGGGAAAUCAACCAAAAAGAGUUCGCACAGAACGAAAAAAAAAACAGAAAUAUAUUUUUGAUACCGAAGGGAUUAAAAAAAAACCGCAAGGAAAUUGAAGAAUCUACCGAUUGUUGUAGGAGUUGAGCGUGCUUUUGCUGCUAGUAGUGAGAACCGAAGGAAACCAUGAAACUGCUACACUAAUUAUAGGAUAUAGGUCUUGCGUGAAAGAAGUUUUACAGUGUAACUUUUAGCUUAGCGUAUUACCGAGUAGCGUUUAAGUUGUUUUAAAUCAAUUAAUCAAAGUAGAUGUUGUAUCAGUCAGUCAGUGGCAUAUAAUUGUACCGAUAAAGUUACAAAUAAAUGUUCGUUUCGUGAGUUGCACUUAUGAUGAAAACAAAAAACAA